AUGUCGAUCGCCGAGCAACUCGUCUCGAUGGGAUUCAGCGGCGAGCAGGCGGCGAUCGCGGCCGCAAACGACAGAAAUCUGCAGCAGGCGCUGGACUUUAUUAUCGAAAAAGACAGUGCGGCGUCGCAGAUUUUGGAGGCCGAAGCGCCGGAGCCGGAGCCGGUGGUGGUGGCCAGCAGCUUCAAGUGCAACGAGUACGUUUUGGGGUGGACAGUAUUUUUUUAAGGCGUUUUUUUGUUGCAGGUGCGGAAAACAGUUGGCCAAUGACGAUGCGGUGAUGUGGCACGCGAGCAAGACGAAACACGCGAACUAUUCGCAGAGCACCGAAACGGUGCUGAGCCGCGAGCAGAAAGAGGCACAGAUUGCCGAAAUCAUCGAAAAGAUCAAGGAGAACAACGAGAAGAGAGCGGAAGUGGAAGAAGCGGAAAUGACGGAGAAGGAGACGAAGCGACGGGCGGACGAACUUCGGUAGGCGCCUUUCUUCAGGCACCCAACUGAUAUUGUCGCUUGCAGAGCCGCCGCCGAGCAACGUCGUCAGCAAAAGAAGCGAGACGAGGCGGAGCGGCAGCGAAUUCUCGAGCAGAUCCGGCAAGACCGGGAAGAACGGAAAGCCGGAUCCUCUGGGAUCAGGCCGCCGCAGAAGAAGCUGGCGGUGGUGGUGCCGACUAAUAGGGACUACACGCAGGCGAUCAUUCGGGUACGCGGCAUCGACGGACACAUGGUGAAGAGGACGUUCGGAGCGGAGGAACAGGUAAAUUGCAACAAGAGCGGAACUUUCUCACCAAAAUUCUCCAAAUUUUGAGCUCUCGUGCGUCCACACGUGGAUCCAGACCGCCCAUCCCCAACCGCUGCCGUACGCAUUGAUGACGCCGUUUCCGAGAAAAGUGUUCGAAGAAUCGGAAAUGGAAAAAACGUUGAAGGAUUUGGGUACGUCGAUUUUCAGCGUAUUUACAGCACUAAACACUGUUUUUUCCAGAUCUCGUCCCCUCCGCGAACAUUGUGCUUGUCAGACGGGCUUCCGAAGCAACGCCAGCUGUCUAG